UCAGCACACUACCAUUUACAUACAACCCUGCGCAUAAUGCGCUGAUUUGCUGAAAAGAAAUCAUACAUCAGUUCAAUCGCAUACAUUUAAAUGGCUUGUGCACUUGCGACCGACGUUGUUCGUUGUCGUUCGUUGCCAUCGUAAGUUGUUGUGUCCGCUGAAAAAUUUUCUUUCUUUUUGAUUUAAAAAAAAAAUAUCUAUAAAAUUAAAAUACACUGCUGAGCGCAAGAGAAGACACAUUGAGAGCAAACGAGAGAGCGAGAGAGAAAGAGAGCAAGAAAAUUAAAAAAAAAAAGUUGGAUCUUUGCAACAAUUCGAAAUGCAAUUCAAGAAAAAAGAAAUAUGAAUUUUAAUAAAAAGAAAUUAUACAAUUAUGCGAAUUAACUUUAAUUUUCCACGAUAUUGUUCGAUUAAAAUUGCACAAACACACACACAACAAUUUAGGAGAGAGCACACGCAUAAGGGCAGCAGCAAUAAAAUCGAAAAAUAAAAAAUCAAUUUUUUUAUUAACUUAAAAAAUGUUACAAGUGAUUGGAUAAAUGUUUUUUCUUUCAACUUUUUUGUUUUUUGAAAAAGAAUAGAAAAAUGGAAUACUAUUAUUUUUUUUGUAGAUUUUUUACGCUUUUCUUUGGUUUUAAUUGGAAAAAUAUCUAAAGAAUUCACUUAAAAAUUUCAUUACGAACGGAUGAAUAAUAACAAUAAAAAGAAGAAGCAGCAUUAGUAAAAUAGCAAGACAAAAAUGUUUUUUUUUUUUUCGUUUCGUUCGGUCGGUUUUUUGAAUCGCGUAUAUUUGCUGGUGCCUGCCUGCUUUUGUGUCUUCGCACGGUCGCGGUCCGCUGAGGCAAAAAUUCAACUGUCUAACAAAGUAAACGCUCGUUUUGUUCGUUGCUCGUUAAUGUUAUAGAGUAUUUACUCUCGUAUGAAACGGUAAAAACAAGAACAACGAAAGCCGAUUUGCCAAACGAACGGCUGUGUGUGAGCGGAUGUGUGUGUGUGUGCAUGCGUUUGUUUGCGCGCAUGCAUGUGGUUGUGACGGGAAAAAAAUCAAAUAAUGAAACGAAAAACCCCCAACGCCGCCACACGAGAGAGCCUUAAGUGAGUUAUAGAGCGCGAGAGUGAGAGCGAGAGAAAGUGUGAGUGCAAACAAAAGUGUUAACCCAGAAAGAGCAAGAGAUGGAGAAAUUGAAAAAGACAUGGAAAGAAAAAAAAUAUUGUGUGCUUCGUGUGUUUUCCCCCAUGAUUUCAAAAAUUUAUUUUACUUAUCAUCAUCAUUGUGUGCUCUCUCUCUGUGGCGGUGUCUCGUCCAACAACAUAAAGAAAACAAAACUAAAAAGUUUCAACUUGUUAAAGAAGAAAUUAAUAAAACAAAAAAAAAAAAAAAUAAAGAAGAAAAAGAGAGAAACAUAAAGACAAACACUUGAAAAAGGCGUUGGAUUUCUAUUUGGAUGAGAAUAAACUCAAGAAAAUUUUGUACUGCAGAAAAAAAGCUGGGCUGAGGUUGCGCUUGCAAGUGCGAAAAAGAAACAAAGACCCAGCGCUUUACAAAAAAAAGAAUUUUACGCCAGUUUAUUUUUUUGGGAAAUUUUACUUUAUUAAAAAAAAAGGAAUUAAAAGAGACUGUUUCAAAAGAACAAAAUAACUAUAUUAAACAAAAAUAAUAAUAACCAAGCAUAUAAAAACAAACCAACAACCCCCUAAGGAGAAAGAAACGAAAGACUUGAUCAAACACACAACAGCAACAACAACAAAAUAGAUAACAACAUAAAAAGAAAUAAACCAAAAGCAACAACAACAACAAAACCCCCAAAAACAACUAAAAACAAAGUUAAUGUUUCUAAACUCAAAACGGUAUAUCAAAACAAAAGGCAAACUCUUUCUGAAAAUAUUUUUUUCAAAGCGGAAUAGAACAAAAGAAUUUUGAAAAACAAGCGAGAGGAACCAAAACAAAACCAAAAUUUUUGACAAAAAGAAGAAGAAGAAGAGAACAUUUCAUUCACCCAGAAAAACAUUUCAUAUCAAAUAGGAUUUUCCUCAACCAAGGGGAGGGAGGAAUUUUGAACGUAUCACACCUUUCUUUUUCUUCAUUCUCUUUUUCCUUGGAAACCUAUUGCCAGCAAAAACCUAGCCAGCCAGCCAGCAACAAAUGUAUAUUAGCAAUAGCAGCAACAUUGGUAUGGCCACGUUGUUGCAAAACAAUAAGAAUUGCAUGAAAUCAUUGACAAACGUGGCUGGAGCUGGAGCACAAACAGCAGUGUCGGCUGGUGGCAAUCACAUUUUGGUGGGCAAUGUUGUAACAAGCAGCAACGGCGGCAGUGGUGGUAAUAAUCCAACAACAAUUUUACAGGCCGGCAGUCAUCUGGUUAGCUCCACCGGUGGUGCAUCUAACGUGGCUACAACUAACUCUGUGGUUGGCUCGGGCAGCGCCAUCACUAACAUGGUGAUACCCAGCCCCACCCAAACCAUUCUGCUAACCAAUGGUGCAACGGGGGCUUCUACCAUAAUAACCUAUCAACAAUACCAGCAAUUGUUGCAACAGCAGCAGCAGCAACAACAACAACAGCAGCAGCAACAGCAACAACAGAGAUUAUUGGUUUCUCAAAAUGUUGUCAAUGUGCCGAUUGGCAACAUUGUUAGCACCAGCAAUGGUGGCUUGGCCGUUAUAACGGAUGCGGCUGCCGCCUCCUCAUCAUCCUCGAACACCACCUCAACAACAUCGGGUACCUUUUUGUUAACCAAUACCUCCACAGCGUCGGGUGUUGUUUCGGCCUAUCAACAACAGCUGCAUCAGCACAUCAAUGGUAGUAGUGCAGCUGGCAAUGGUGUUGUCACCUCCAGCUAUUUGCCAGCAAAUCAGCAACGUUUGAUUACCACCUCCACAGCUGCGGCAAGUGGCAAUGGAAACACCACCACCACCAUACGUCAUUUCUCCCAAUUCUCACAGCAGCAACCCGCCAACACCAAUACCACCACCACCACCACGGCCAACGUCGGCAACCAACAACAACAACGUACAACGGUUUUAAUAAAUCGCAACAACAAUACAAUUAUUGCUGGCAAUGCCACCCAGCGUUUGCAACAUGCCACCAUUUUGAAUACGGCCGGUGGCAAGGCCAUACCGGCCACCUUAAUUAAGACGCAACAGGUGCUACAUGCGGCAGGCAAGGGCCAGAUUAUCAAUGUUGUCAAAGGCUCGCCCAUAACGGUGGCCACCACCACCAACAACAACAACAAUGGCAACAACAAAACUUUCCUAACAGCCACAAAGACAGCGGCAACAAACAGAACCAUAACUGCCAACUUGCCCCAGCAACAACAGCAGCGUUUCGGUACCAUUACCACCGCCAAUCUGCAACAUUUGAGACCACAACAACAACAACAACUGAAAAUAGUUAAAAGUAUACCACAACGUGCCACGAUAAACAAUAUAACAGCAGUGGCGGCUUCGUCCGCAUCCAAUGCGACCACAACAACAGCAACAAUUUUGAAUAAUAGCAAUUUAACCAAAAAUCAGUUUCUAAAUAAAACUCAAAUAAAUGCUGUCACCAUAGCUGGGAACAAUGUGGGCAGGACAACAACAGCAGCCGCUGGUGUACUGCUGAAAUCAGUUUCCGGAACGGGAGCAACACUACACAAUGCAAUAACAACAUCAUCAUCCUCCGCCGCCGCCACCGCCCUAUUAACAACAUCAUCAGCAGCACCAUCAUCAUCGUCGUCGUCGGCGUUGACUUAUACGCAACAAACUACAACAACAACACCACAAAACCAAAUGAAUGGUCACUUUAGCCAGCACCACCACAGCAACAACAACAGCAACACAUUUAAUAAAAAUCCAAAUAAUCAUCAUCAACAACAACAACAACAACAGCAACAACCCGCCUCAAAAUUAGUUCCUAAUGGCCAUAUUAUUCAUAAUGCAACACAGCAGCAGCAAACAACAACAUCAUCUAAUAAUAACAACAACAGUUAUACAACAACAUCAACGUACAGCAACAACAUAAACCAAAAUUAUAAUCACAAUAACUAUUCCAACUCCAUCUCCUCCUCCGCCUCGACAGCAACACCAUCAUCAUCCUCAUAUGGAACAACAACAUUUGCAUCCUCGUCCGCCUCCUUCUCAACAGCUUCCUUGGCAAAUAGCAACAUCAACAACACCAUCACCACCACAGCAGCCAACAAUUCCUCCUUCUCCACCUCAUCAACUUCCUUGGCCAAAGCAACAGAAUCUUCUAACACCGCCGGAGUAACCAAUGGUACUGAUAAUGCCGCCGCCGCCGCCACCACCACAAACGAUUCCUCAGCUGCGGUGGCUGCUGCCGAGCAAGAACCCGAACCUGAAAUUGACAUUGUCAUCAAUAAUGUUGUAUGUUCCUUUAGUGUUCGUUGUCAUUUGAAUUUACGUGAAAUUGCCUUGAACGGAGCCAAUGUUGAAUAUCGCCGCGAGAAUGGUAUGGUCACCAUGAAGUUGCGACGUCCAUAUACCACUGCAUCGAUAUGGUCAUCGGGCCGCAUAACAUGUACCGGAGCCACUUCCGAGGAACAGGCCAAAAUAGCAGCUCGCCGCUAUGCCCGAACCUUGGAAAAGUUGGGAUUUCGUGCUCGCUUUCAUAAUUUCCGUGUUGUCAAUGUUUUGGGUACAUGCAGUAUGCCAUGGGCAAUUAAAAUUGUUAAUUUCUCGGAGAAAUAUCGUGAAGCGGCCAGCUAUGAGCCCGAAUUGCAUCCGGGUGUGACAUAUAAGUUGCGUUAUCCCAAGGCCACAUUGAAGAUUUUCUCGACCGGCAGUAUUACGGUUACUGCUGCCAGUGUUGCCCACGUUCAAAAUGCCAUUGAACACAUUUUCCCGCUUGUCUAUGAAUUCCGUAAGAAACGUUCGCCCGAAGAACUGGAACAGUUGCGUUUGAAACAAAUGCAAAAUGCCACCUUCGAAGAUAUUGAAGAGGUCGAAAAGGUCUUGUUGGAUGAUGAUUUUCCGGGCAUUACAAAACGCAAAUCGAAUACAUUGAGCAAAUUUCCAAAUGCCAAGAGAAAACGCAGUGCAUUUGGCGGCAGCGGUGGUGGUGGUGUUGAUGGAGAUGAUGAUGAAUUUGAAGCCGAUGAUCCCGAUGAGGAGGAGGAGGCAUUGAUUGGCAAUGCUUCGGCUGCUGUUGCUGGUAUUGAUGAUGACGAUGAUAUGGUUAUGUAUGAUCCCAACGAAUCAAUUAUAGCUGGUCCUGAAGAUGACGAUGACGAUUUGUAAGGCAAUUUAGAAAGCAACAGAAAAAAACAACUACACAAAAAAAGAAAAGAAAACUACAUAUAUAUAUUGAAUAUAUAGUGAACUAUUAAAUAUAUACAACAAAUACAAAUAUACAUACUUAUAUGAAAGUAAAAAGAAAGUAUGUGUAUUUAGGAACAAAAAAUCACUCAUACCACCACUACCACCAAAAACAGCAAAUGCAACAAAAAAAAAAGAGAGAUAAACUCCUUACCUUACCACCUUAUAUGAGAAGAUGGUUGGUAUGUGAUGAUGAUGAUGUUCUUGCUAAAUGUUGGCGUUUUUUCUAUAAGUUUUUAAAAAAGAAAUAAUCGAGUAACCAUGCAAAGCAAUAACUAAUUGCAAAUUAAAAACCAAAACUCUCCAGUAAUUAAAAUUCAAAUAAAUUAGAAAUAUUUAUUGAAUUUCCUGUUGAAGUCUGUUGCCUGCCUGCACUUUAGAUAAAGUACAGAAGAAACCAACCAACCACCACAACUCCACAACUUCUCAGCUCCAAGUUAUCAACAACCACGUCAUCAACUUACCACACACACACACACAUACACCAUGAAAAAUACAUAUGGGUGUGUGUGUGCGCGUCAAACAACAAAGAAAUCAAAUUGACUUUUUUAUUAUAAUUAUUAUUACAUAUAAUCUAAUAAUCUAGUGAAAUUUAGAGCCAAAAAUUUAAUGCAAAUACAAAACAUUUACUUUUAAGAUAUUUUUAAACAGCUGCCAGUGUGUGCUUUUUUGUUAAUUUUUUUUAACAAACAACAAACAAAAAGAUGAAAAUGAUGGAAGGAGAAAAGGAACCUACAACAAAUUAGAAGUUAAAUAUGUAUUAUUAUUAUUUUUUUCUCGUUUAUGUGAGUCAUAUUACAAUCGCUGAAAAAACAACAACAACAACAACAAAUCAAUCAUCAACAAUAGAACCAAUAAUAGAAUUAAAAAAAAAAAACAAAUAUUUAAAUUUAAAAUUAAAAAUAAAAGAAUCAACACAACAAAAACACUCAAAUCAUACAAAAACAUUUAGUAUACUAUUAUUACAACUAGAGCAACAAAACAAAUCCUAAAAAAAUCUAUAAACAAAUAAUAAAAACAAGAAUGUACUAGGAGUAACGUUUAAUCAUAUAACAAAAAACACAUGUUUUUCUUUUCGUUUCUUUUUUUCCAUACACCUUUACACAUACAUGCAUACAUAUUCACAUGCAUAUUCACAUAAUAUGUCUCUUUUGUGUAAUUUCAUAAAUGAUUUACUUGCUCUUAUCAUUAUUAUUAGUAAUAUUAUUAUAAUUAUUAUUUCUUCAAAGAAAAACCACCGCCUUUUUUAAUUAAAAAAAAAAUAAAUAAAAUAAUUAAUUACAAUUUAAACAAAUAUUAAUAAUAAUAAUAUUACUAUAAUACACAUUAACAAAGAAAAAACAAACAAAACAAAAACCUAAAUAGUCUUAAGUGUUUUCUGUUAUUUAAAGAAAAACAAUUCAAAGGAGAAAGAAAAUUAUAUUUUGUUUUUAUAAUUUUCUCAAGAACAAUCAAACAAAACAAAAAAUCCACAAAGAAUUAAGAACUUUUGUUUAAUUAUUUAAUAUAUAUAUUUUUUUUCAUUAUUUGAAAAAUAUAGAUACCUAUCAAAUGUAUCAAGUUUCUAAUUAUUAAUAAUUUUAUUUUCUCUUUAUGAAACAAAAAACAAACAAACACAAACCAAAUUGUCUCUUUAUUUUUUUUUCUAUAAAUAUUUUUUUUCUUUAGUUUAAACUGCUGCCCGCCCGCAUUACUAACUAACAAAACUCCACUGUAUCUGGUCACUUAGAAAACCAAUUCGUAUAUAAUUAUUAUUAAAUUAACAGAAUAUGAAUGAAAAACAAAAAAAUCAUUUCAAAGCUAAAAAAAAAACAUCCUUAAAACUAAAUGAAUGAAAAAGUGUAUGUUUUCUUUUAAACAAAGCAAACACACACACAAAAAGAUAAAAUAUAAAACAUCAACAAAGAAAGAAGAACAAUAAAAAAUAAACUAUUAUUUAGUUUGCAUUCAUUAAAAAAUAA